GUUUUAGACUGCUCGCCGAUUCAGGAGAAUAGACGGCGACCGCGACCCAUAUUGCACCGACAGCGAAUACUGUGCCAUUCAAGAUGCUGGCCCUCAUAAACAGGCUUUUGGACUGGUUCAGAUCUUUAUUUUGGAAGGAGGAGAUGGAGCUCACACUAGUAGGACUGCAGUAUUCCGGGAAAACGACGUUCGUCAACGUGAUAGCAUCUGGCCAAUUCAGCGAAGACAUGAUCCCCACAGUUGGCUUCAACAUGAGGAAGGUUACUAAAGGCAAUGUGACAAUAAAGAUAUGGGACAUAGGUGGACAGCCUCGCUUCAGAAGCAUGUGGGAGCGCUACUGUCGAGGAGUUAAUGCUAUUGUUUACAUGGUGGAUGCAGCAGACCGAGAAAAAAUUGAAGCUUCCAGAAAUGAACUCCACAAUCUAUUAGAUAAACCCCAGCUACAAGGAAUACCUGUUCUUGUUCUUGGCAAUAAAAGAGACCUACCAAAUGCACUUGAUGAAAAGCAACUUAUUGAAAAAAUGAACUUGUCAGCCAUUCAAGAUAGAGAGAUCUGCUGCUACUCUGUGUCCUGCAAAGAAAAAGACAAUAUAGAUAUCACACUGCAGUGGCUCAUCCAGCAUUCAAAGUCACGGCGAAGCUGAAAGUGAGGUCCCAAAGUCCCAACUUUGGCUGCAGCACCCAAUGGCCAUGGGUCCUUUACAGUCAUCCCUUCCACUGCCUCUGUGAUGUAAUUCAGCUUUUACAGUUACUACCACAACCUGCACCACCCAGCACACUAUCAUAGAUGUGUAGUCCCUGUACAGCACCACAGCCACCCUAGCUAUCUGGAGUUUUGAAAAGUUGUCUCUAUAUUGUGCUAGAAAGUGGAUUGUUCAUACCCAUCAUGCCUUAUUAACUGUCACUGCGGAGAAGCUCUGUGUCUUUUUUUCUUCUUCUUCCAUUUAAAUUGGUUUCAUUCUGCUCAACACAGGGAUCUUAAUGGGUGGAACUAGUCUCUACCCAUCACCAAAGUUCCAUUUCUAUUGCCUGCCUCAUUUGGCUUUCAUGUGAUUGUAGUUUUUCUCAGUUAUUUGCCAAAUACCCUCAAAUCCUGACAAAUUCUUAGCAAUCUACCCUGUGUUUUAUUUGUUGGAAUAAAGGAAUAUCAAUUUUGUAAACUGACUUAAAACAGAGUUUACAGGUGAAAAAUUACCCAAGGAAAAUUUACCUGUGUGAAUGGUUGACGUUUCUAAACCAAUCCCGAAGAUCAGUCAGCAGAGUUUUAAGUGCCUUCUGCUAAAAUUAAUGCUCCAUGAGACAGUUUUUGCCUAGUGCAACUUCAGAAUGACUCUUCUGAAUAACUUAGUACAGACACAGCCUUUGUCAUAUUAUAGUUUCUCUUGGUAAUCCCAUUUUAAUCCCAUUGUAAUGUAAUCAUGUAAUUGGCCAAAAAGGGCUGUUAUGAAAAAUGUCUGAAAAUUGGAAUGGAAAAAUGGAAAAGAGGCUUGUAGCUAUACUGAGUUUAGGAAAAUGGUACCUUUUGUUUGGUCAGCAGAUGGAUUUGAAUUCUGUUUUGCUGUCGCAGGGACUAUUAAAUGUAGCUUGAAAUGGAAGAUGACGUCUGCUUACAGUUCUCAGGUUGAAAUAGUAUUUUUGGCUUUCCUGAAUACAGUAUGAGUAUGCCCAGAUAUCAAGUUGACAUUUCAUAGUGUUCAGGUUGGAAAACAGGCAGUCAGGUUUGGUCAUGCUUGGGGGCAUAGAGGAUAGUUCAUCAGAUUUAAAUAGGGCAUGUCCAUUGUCAUCAAUGCCCAACAUCUCUUACACGAUUGCCUGAGUCAUGAUGGCUUAUAUUACGCCUUCCAGGCCAAGGGCAAAGCUCAAAGCUUUCAGAAUGACGUCUUGAUCAAAAGCUAUCAUUUUUUUUUCUGCGAGAAGACAAUGAUUUUCAAUUUUUUUUCGACUGCUGGUCGCAGAUGUUGAAUUGCAAUAAGCCUACUUUAUGGAUAUUAAUAAGUCCCUUGCUUGGUUAAAUUACCUUAAUCAGUUUGAAUUUAAUUUGUGCUUUUUAUGUGUACAUGUUGGAGGGUGGGGUAUGAAUUGAAUGUCACUAUUUCCAUAAAAGCCUACAUGACUUGUGCUUCUUCAUUUCAUCUAGCCAUCUUGUCAGUCCUCCAAAAUACAGAUUAUCAUAUUGUUUUUUGUUUGGUCAUAUGUCUGUGUCUACUGGUGACUGUUGUAAUCCUGAUUGUUGAUUGUUGGGACCACAGCAGCAAAUUGGGUGACUGUGUGGGCAAUUCAGUAAAGCUUUGUUACCUGUGUGCGAUUUGUAUGUGCAUGUGCUGUAUGUAUCCACAUUCAAUUGCAGAAUUUGUAAAUAAGAAGAUAGAAGUUUUUAUUCAAAUAAAUGCUCUUGUAGAUGUCA